AUGAUCAAAUCACCCGAAGAUGUGAGCACCACGACGCAGGUCGUCAGGGGCAUGGAAAGUACAGAACAGAUGCUGGAGGUCGAUGAUACACCUUCUUCGACUUCCACAGAAGAUCCUCCAAACGGGGGUCUUAGAGCAUGGCUCCAUGUUGUUGCCAGCUUCUGUAUCUACUUCAACAGUUAUGGUAUUAGUAACAGUUAUGGUAUUUUCCAAACUUAUUACACAGAGCAAUUAGGAUUCGAUGCACCAAAAGCGGCAGCCAUCGGAUCCAUUCAGAGUUUUCUAAUGUUCUUCGGCGCUUUCCUAGCUGGACCAUUUUACGAUGCUGGGUACUACCGUUAUGUCCUUGUCACAGGUUCCAUAUUCAUAACUUUCGGCACAUUUAUGCAAAGCAUCAGCACACAAAUGUGGCACUUCGUUCUUGCACAAGGAAUAUGUAUUGGCUUUGGAGGUGGUAUCAUAUCCAUGCUGGGCACGUCAAUGCUCUCAACAUACUUCACUUCCAAACUACCCGUUGCAAGUGGCAUAGGUACCACGGGAAGUGGUAUUGCUGGCAUCUUACUUCCCGUACUAUUCAAUAAUCUUCAGCCAAGAAUUGGUUAUGGCUGGACUGUCCGUGUCUUUGGUUUCAUKAGUUUGGCGACUCUUUUGGUUCCAGUACUCGUGAUGAGGGCUCGUGUGGUAGCCAAGAAAAAGAGCGCGAUAAUCGACAUGUCCGUUUUCCGCGAUCACCCUUUCUUGAUAUUCAUCACGGGUAAUGUGAUACUCAUUCUGGGGGCCUAUAUCCCCUUCAACUAUGUUGAAUCAUUUGCGGUUGACGAGAAGAUCACAAAUGCAAACAUCGCCUUCUAUAUCCUUGCAAUGAUGAACUUCUCAAGCCUCGCCGGCAAAGUGCUUCCAAUGCUGCUGGCUCCUCGCAUCGGGCCUUUUAAUCUGCUUCUCUUCUUUGGAGUGGCAACUGGUGCUUCAUCACUAGCGUUGCUUGGUGUCAAGAGCCUGGCAACAGUUAUUGUAGUGUCUGUUAUCUACGCGUUCCUAUGUGGUGCAUUUUUUGCCCUACAACCAGUUGUGGUAAUUAACCUUUGUCCCGAUCCUGGUUUGAUCGGGAAACGAAUAGGUAUGGCAUUUGUCGGUCUUUCCUUUGGAUUAUUGGCGACAUCGCCAAUUGCUGGAGCGUUCCAAGAUUCAGUAGGGUUCAACGGUGUCUGGUUAUGGGCUGGUCUUACGGCUGAGAUAGGCGCUUGUAUCAUGAUAAUCUCUCGGGGCAGAAAGGCCGGCUGGGCCUUAAAAACCAAGAUAUAA